ACAUAUAGAUAUAGAACAAAUUAUCGCUUGCAUAUACUUGUUUAAAAACUGAAGUUAACGAUCCAUCUCUGAGAUACAACUGCAGUCUGUUUCUGUUAAUACUAUUUUUCUCAGCUUUUAUUGGAGCUGACAUAAUAUCAGAUGAGUCUUACAUCAAAAUGGUCGUAGUAAAAAUUAUCACACAUACACCUGUACUAUUGGCUAUAUACAGGAGAAGUAUUACCAGUUACUAUAUAUAGAUGGAAAAUUCCCUUCACUUAUUCUAAUUAACUUCUUGCGUGAUCUUUAAAUGUGCAAUGACUCGUGUAUAUUAAAAUGGUUUCGGACCUUUUCUUCCAAAAUGACUGGGAACGUCGUCCGACAGAGUAAAAUCGGCCUGUUGAAAAGAAGGACCCCUGCUAAACAUUCUGAAUACAGGGAUCUUCAGGCGAGGAUCCAAACAUUUCCAUCAUGGCCAAUAAAAGUUCAGGCCAAAAAACUCGCAGAGGCAGGAUUCUUUUCAAUCCAGGUAGAAGACUCGGUGCGCUGUUUCCAGUGCGGGGUGGGGUUGAGAAACUGGGAUCCCGAAGAUGAUCCUUGGGUGGAGCAUGCAAGAUGGAGGCCAAGUUGUCCAUUUGUAGUCAACAAUACUUCCGCUGAAUUUAUCCAACAAGUUCAAGAGGCUGUGCGAAGAGAAGAGACUGACACAGGGAAUGAAAAUUCCAACAUAUUGCAAGUAUCCGAUCGUGAUAUUGAACAAGACUGUCCACCAUGUAGAGCAAUAAAACAGAAAGAUUUAUACGAAUACCCCGAGUCUACUUACGAGAAAAACCCACUUCUGACAGAUGCAGCUCAAAGUGUUUUAGAGUUCGGGUACCUCCCAAAAACCAUUAAAGAGGCGAUAGAAAAUAUAGUUUCACAAGUUGGAGGAUGGAAAAACCUUACAGGGUCCAUCAUUAUGGAGGAAAUUUUUAGAUUGGAGGACAAAAGAUGUUUAACUGACAAUGAAACUAUCAAAUCAAAAUCCAGGCAGCUCUCCAAUGACGAAAUUAAAAAGGAAAACGAAUCUAUGCGAGAUGCACACACGUGUAAGAUAUGCUGCGAUAAAACGGUUGCCAUAGUGUUCCUUCCUUGUGGUCAUCUUGUCUGUUGUGCCCAGUGUGCUCCAGCCCUGAAAAAGUGUCCAGUUUGUCGCCAACAGGUCAAAGGGUCAACAAGGGUCACAUUUGGAACUUGAACUAGAUCUUGAUUAUCUAAUGGACUUAAAAAAAAUCAACGUUGGAGGCAAGAUGAAGCGAUAUGUUACUGUGCAUUCUUCGAAAAAGUCCCGAAGUUAGGUUUUCAUCAACUGCAUUUGAUAAUCAUAUUGAACAAUCAAUUUCUGGCAUUCAUGCAUAUGCGUAAUAAUAUCUAAUGAAACUUUGCAGCUGGUUUUGAUUAUUUUAUUGAUUAAUAUGCACAAAA